AUGUCAGACGAUCUACAGAAACCUACGCCUCAGAAGUCAGAGCAAAUAAUUGAUAGUUCUAAUUUGGAUUGCAAUAGCGGAUUGAUUGCGCGACACUUUCAAGUGGCCCUUACAACUGAGGAUAUGUCUAGAGAGGCAGAGCCCCCCUUGAAGAGCCUUACAGACGACUUUGGAAAAUGGCGUCCUGUUCAGUUGCCAGCCGGUGCAGCACCCCUUACCAUACAGCGAGCUGUGACCCUGUUGAGUAGACCUGCCCUAAAGCAACGAUCUGCUCGGCGAAAAUCUUCCGCCACUCUUCCUCUUACAGCCAGUACGGCCACCAGGACCAAGCACAGCAAGACAGGAGAGCAGGACGGAAACAAUGUAUAG